AGCUAAAGCUCUUCACGGCGUGGCUCGCACGCGCCACUUCCCUUGAGCAUCCGAAGCGUCGCCGUGCGUCAGGUGAGCGCUCAAAAGCACUCACUCUGCACGUCAGUCACUCCACGAGCUCACGAGCAAAUCUGACCAACUCCAACCUCCUCCAGAUAUGACAUUAUCAGGUGUGGUGGUGGGAGGCUGGCUGCUGGCUCUGCUCUGUGCCACAGUCUGGGCUGAGUUGGACUCCACACUAGACAAGCACUGGGACCUGUGGAAGAAGACGUUCCAAAAGAAAUACCAGAAUGAGGUGGAGGAGAUGGGCCGCAGAGCAUUGUGGGAGAAAAACCUGAUGCAAAUCAACAUUCACAACCUGGAGGCAUCUAUGGGCCUUCACACAUACACUAUGGAGAUGAACCACAUGUCUGACCUGACCAAGGAGGAAGUGGUAAGAAUAUAUGCCCCUCUGAAGCUUCACAAGGACUUCGAGAUGACACCGACUUCUCUUCAAGCAACAAGCGAGGAUGUGCCAGACAGUGUGGACUGGAGAAAAGAUGGCUUAGUGACCAGUGUCAAAGAUCAGGGCAUGUGUGGGUCGUGCUGGGCCUUCAGUGUUGUGGGAGCUCUGGAGGGUCUGUUAGCCAAGACUACAGGAAAGCAGGUGGACCUCAGCCCUCAGAACCUUGUGGACUGCUCAAAGACAUAUGGAACAUGCGGAUGCAAUGGUGGAUGGCCUCACUAUGCUCUCCAAUACGUCAUUGGAAAUCAAGGCAUUGAUUCUGAAGCUUCCUACCGCUAUAAGGGAAAGGAUGGCACCUGUCGCUAUCGUCCUGCCUACAGUGCAGCUAACUGUUCAGGAUACUACUUUGUUGAGCGGAAUGAGGUCUCUCUGAAGCAGGCGGUCGCUACCAUCGGACCAAUUGCAAUAGUGAUUGAUGCCAGUGACAUUUCUUUUUACCGAUCUGGCGUGUACUACAAUCCGUCCUGUGGAAGGCUUACAAACCACGCAGUGCUGCUCGUAGGCUAUGGCACGGAUGACAAAACAGGACUGGACUAUUGGCUGAUCAAAAACAGCUGGGGAAAACGAUGGGGGGAACGAGGCUACAUCAGAAUGGCACGUAACAAGAACCAGAUGUGUGGCAUCUCAAUGUAUGCCAUCUAUCCUGUGUAACAUCACGGCAGGGAUGGGACAAGAUCCUGUGCCACAAGAUCUUGUGAGAGUUAUACAAUUUGAGAAGCUGUAGAUCCAAAAAGCAGUAGUAUAAUGACUGCUGAAGAAUUACAUAAAAUAAAUAAAAAUAGUGAAGCCAAAAUAGUGAAAUGGAUUGCACUACUUUCACUACUUGCCUUAUUUAUUAUAAGUUAUGUCAAAAUCUUGUCUUGUCUCGUUCUUGUGGACCCAAUCUCAUGGUGUUUCGUCUCAUAUAAAUUUUGUCUACAUCACUGUGAACAAAAUAUAUUUUUAGGUUUUUCAAGUUUAAAAAAAUCUGUUUUAAAGUUUUAAAGAGCUAUCUUAAGUUUUUUUUUUACAUUGUAAUUGCUCACUGCAUUAAACAGUCUGUGGCAUUUGAUUGGUCCUCCAAUUCAUCUUUUUUGAUAUGUGUUCCUCAAAAAGUUAGACACUAUUUCAUGGAUUUAUAUCAUUGAUUGAUUUACUGUCAUUUGUUUUAGGAUUAGAACUUUUGUUAAGCUUUUGUUAUUUUGUCAUAUCAAAAGCAAAUUCUUUGAUUGUUUUAAUAAAGGCAUUUAAUUUA